CGGGGCGGGAGCGGGAGGGAGCGGGGCAGCGGCGCGGCCAUGGCGCCCGGCACGGAGCGCCCGCCGCACGGCGAGGGCUGCGCGGGGCCCCGCGGCGACCGGAGGACGAGGAAGCCGCUGGUGGAGAAGAAGCGCCGGGCGCGCAUCAACGAGAGCCUGCGGGAGCUGCGGCUGCUGCUGGCCGACAGCGAGUUUCAGGCGAAGCUGGAGAACGCGGAGGUGCUGGAGCGGACGGUGCGGCGGGUGCGGGCCGUGCUGGAGCGCCGCGGCCGCGGGGGCGGGCGGCGGCUCCUGGAGGCCAGCGAGCGCUUCGCCGCCGGCUACAUCCAGUGCAUGCACGAGGUACACACCUUCGUCUCCAGCUGCCCCGGCAUCGACGCCACCACGGCCGCCGAGCUGCUGAACCACCUGCUGGAGUCCAUGCCCCUCAGCGAGGGCGGCUGCCCGGACUCGAUCACGGACGCUGUGGCGGAGCCGGCCCUCGGGCCCUGGCCCGCCGGCGAGGCGCUGUCCCUGCCGGCCGCAGCCCGCCCGGGCCCGGCCCUGGCCGCCCCCAGCGAGGAGCCCGGCUCCGGCUCCUGCUCCGAGUCGGACGAGGCGGAGGCCGGGCCGGGCCAGACCCCCUCGGACGGACUGGACGCGUCCCAGACGCAGGGCCUGCCCUCGCCCGGCUCGCCCAAAGCCAUGUGGAGACCCUGGUAACAGCGGAGAGGGGCCAGCGCAGGGCUGCCUGUGGGAGGGCAGCGUGCCCCGCACACGCGUGUGCUGAGUGAGAGUGUCCGUGCGUCUGUCUGUGAGUGUCCGUGUGUCUGUCUGUGUGCGCGGCUGGCAGCGCUGUGGCUGCGGGCUCGGGCUCUCCGUCGCUGUCAGCCCCUGACAGCCUAAAGCGAACGCGUGAACAUUUCAUCCCUGUGCGUGUGUGGCGUUUUGUAACUUUGGGGGUUGUUUUUACGAGAAGACGCGGGGGGGGAGGAGGGAAGUGGUUUGUAGUAGCAAAGCUCUCUGGUGGAGACACGGCAGUUAUUUUAUCACCUUGUCUCUUUCUUCUUGGCCCUUAGAAGCGGCCCAAACGCCGCUACCUUUUAAGAAAAAGUCCUUGUGCGUUUUAAAUGACGAUAGUUAAUGGCAGGAGAAGCUGGAGCUAAGUCUGCAUGCACGGUUUCAAGCGUUCUAGUGAUAGCACAGACCCCUGGAAGGUGUCUAUACCUGAUAGCAGUCUGAAGUCUCACCUUUAGGGAAGGGACAGAAAGCUGGUGGAAUUAGGCAAACAUUUUAAAAGAUGUUGGUGGCAGGGUGCCUUUUAGAAAAUGAGUGUCUUUAUGCACAUUUUGCUUUUAGCACGUUUGAGUUUAUUGUGACUUUAUGUAUAUUAGGGUGUCAAACGUUUUUUAUUUUUAAUCUUUAAUAAAAAAACCCUUGAAUUCACAACGUGGAAUAUAUUGUGUGGUGUGGUGUUUCUAACCCGUUUAAAAACAUUAAAAAUACAGCUCCCUCUUGCUGGCUCUUCACACCAGCAUGUCUGUAUCAUGGAAACAA